GUUCCGUGGAGAUAGGGUGUAUGUGCGGCCGUCGUCGUGGCUGGACGCAACUGUGUUCCGCCAGUGGAUUAACCUCUCGAUGCGGUGAUGUGGUGAAUUGAUGAGUGGUGUUGUGUUCUCGGCGAAGGGAGUGAGCAGGUGGUGUUAUUUGUUACAACUCAACGGCGUUCUAAUUAACCGCAUAUCUUGUUAUUGAACGAUACAAGAGUAGAUGUGUGGAGUUGCCAUGUAACUUUGGGCAGCGGGGGUUGGAGAGACUGGCUUGGGGGUUUUCGAAACGGCAAAGAUAGUGCCUUAUUUUAUCAAACUGCCAAAAAGUAGUGUACGUACCAUAUAUUGUUUAUUUAUUUACUAACGAUAAGAAACAUUAAUUCCGUGACAUCCAUCAUUUAUCAAGAAAAAAGAAAAAGCUUCAGUAGGAAUGCUAUUUUGACAAGGCUUCGUUUAACACAAUGCAUCAAUUUAAACCUCUUGAUUCAAACUACAGCUGAGGACCUUUGCAACGGACUCGUUUUUGUGUGUAUGCGUCAAAUGUGUUGGAAAUUGAACCCAAGUGAGUGCAACUGAAAGGCAACAGUUAUAUAAAGAAAAAAAUAUAGAAAAAUACAUGUACAGCCCUUCCACCCACACUGCGUGUUGGUGAUGUCAUGAGCGGAGUCCACGUGCUACCGACGGCAUCGUAGCGGCGUGGGCGGCAUGUGGGCGGCGGGCGCGGUGUGGGCGGUGGCGCUGGGUGUGGUGGUGUUAACGCCCACCGUUGCUAGCCUCGGCGGGCCCAACGUGUGUACUAAACAGGAGACGUACACAAGUUUUGUGAAUGUGUCCUACACAAAAGCAUAUAGAGUACGAACUUACACGUACUGCUUCAGCAUUCCGCCCAAGUGUUCCAAGUACAAGAUUGCGUAUAAGACUUCUUUCAAAACACAGAGCCAAACCAAAACCCGGACUGUGGAUGUGUGUUGUUCGGGUUUCACAAGAGUGCCAGCAGAAGACCGGUGCAUACCAAUAUGCUCCCAAGACUGCAUACAUGGGGUUUGUGUGAAACCAGAUGAGUGCCGUUGUGAAGCAGGUUACUCAGGCCCAAGCUGUAAUAUAAGCAACUUGAUGGAGUUUGGUAUUGACGACACAGUGCAUAAUGCCCUGGUUCCGUGCUCUGGCCCGCAGUGCUAUGUUUCAUGUCCAGAAGGGAAAUGGGGUAUGGGAUGCAUCCAUGACUGUCCCUGUUUACACGAGGGGAAAUGUGACCCACUGUAUGGGAAUUGCUCAUGUCAUGCUGGCUGGAUUGGUCCUUAUUGUGAAGAAAAAUGCCAGGAUGGGUAUUAUGGAGCAGAUUGUAAAGAUCGCUGCCGCUGUCAGAAUGGAGGGACUUGUGACCAUGUCUCUGGGGCAUGCCAAUGCUCCCCUGGCUGGACAGGACCCCUUUGUGAGAAGUCUUGUCCAGAGGGCACACACGGCACUGCCUGCAGUAACAAAUGUGCCUGUCAAAAUGGUGGACACUGUGACCCUGUCAAUGGGAAAUGUCAGUGUCCUCCUGGUUGGACGGGAGAUGUGUGUGCCAACCCAUGUCCUCAGGGCACCUGGGGACGCAACUGCUCAGAGCUUUGUGAUUGUUACAAUUCUGCAACAUGUGACCACAUAACAGGUCGCUGCAAGUGCCCUUCAGGAUAUAUAGGAAAUAAGUGUCAAGAGGAAUGUCCUUUAGGGACGUAUGGGGUUAACUGCACAGAAUCUUGCAACUGUCGCAAUGGAGCCACUUGUUCCCAUAUCAGUGGAAGAUGUUUCUGCAAGGAUGGAUGGUUGGGCGCCGAUUGCUCAAUGCCAGCGUGUCCACCAGAUCAGUUUGGACCUGGAUGUUCACAAAUUUGUUCCUGUGAAAAACAUAACACUGAAAGAUGUCAUCCUUGGACGGGUGAGUGUGAGUGCAAAGCUGGCUGGGCAGGUGAGACUUGUAGUCGAGCCUGCCCCUUCUACAAGUAUGGAGAGAAGUGCCAAAAUAGUUGCAACUGCAAGAAUGGGGCUUUUUGUGACCCUGUAGAUGGCACUUGCAUCUGUGCACCAGGGUACAAUGGAAAAGAUUGCAGUGAACACUGUCCAAAACACAAGUAUGGUCAGAACUGUGAAUUGGAUUGCCGCUGUAAAAAUGCUCUUGGCUGCUCCCAUGAGAGUGGAAAGUGCAUUUGUAGUCCAGGUUGGGGUGGCCAGCAGUGUUCCCUAACAUGUCCACUAGGUUUGUAUGGUGGAAACUGCACUGAAGUGUGUGACUGCCAGAACAAUGGUUCUUGCGACCCAGUCACUGGAAAAUGCACCUGUGGUCCAGGCCAUUUCGGGGACAAGUGCCAAAAGACAUGCGAUCAGGGCUUCCAUGGUAUGGGCUGUAUUAAUCAUUGUGCGUGUGUUGGACCCAAUGUUGAAGGCUGUGACCCAGUCACUGGUAGAUGCAUCUGCAAGCCCAGUUUCCGUGGUGUGAGCUGUGAAUCUAGAUGUCCCCGUGGAAAUUAUGGUGAAUCUUGCACAAAGAGAUGUGACUGCAAGAACAAUGGGUCCUGCAAUUAUCAGAACGGAAAAUGCAUCUGCGAGCGAGGGUGGCAUGGUGCCAAUUGCAACACUCCUUGUAGGCCUGGCAAAUAUGGGGUUAACUGCAACCAGAACUGCCCAUCUUGUGUGCAUGGAAAUGGUACAUGUGAUGCACAGGAAGGGACUUGUGUUUGUGCAGCAGGAUGGCGGGGAGCAAGAUGUGAUCGGACUUGUCCUUCAGGAUACUGGGGAUUUGGCUGUAGUACGGAAUGCAGAUGUCGUAAUGGAGCAGAGUGUAACCCAGAAACAGGAGAGUGUCACUGUCUUCCCGGUUGGAGAGGUGCUGACUGCUCACAACCUUGCCCUCCUGGGACCUUUGGCUACAACUGCCUUCAAGCAUGUCAUUGUCGAAACCAUGCUUCUUGCAGAGGCAAUGAUGGGUUCUGUGAGUGCAAGCCAGGAUGGAUGGGACCAGGGUGUACACAGACUUGCCCAGAAGGUUAUUAUGGACGACAGUGCCUGAAUGUGUGCAACUGCAGCACUGAUAAUUUUAUUUGUCAUCCUGUUGAAGGCUGUAAAUGUCGUUAUGGAUUUGAAGGUGACAUGUGUGAUAUCCCAAUUACAAGUCCCAUCAAAACAAGUGAUGUUCCCUUCCUCCCAACGACGACAAGUGGAUCAAAUAAUGCUGGACUUAUUGUUGGCGUCGUGUCAGUCAUUCUCAUCACCAUUGUCAUUGCAAUCAUAAUAUACUACAGACGAAGAUUAAAAAGAUUAAAAAGAGAGCUUGCUGUUGUCCAGUAUACAGCUAAUCCAUCAACAACAGAACGCCCCAAGAUGAUCGAGAGCAAAGAGAGCACUAAGCUUCGUCCUUCUAAUAAGCUCUCACAGAAGUCCGAUCAACACCACUUUGACAAUCCGGUAUAUGCAUACCAGACUGUAAGCAAGUCGCAGCCAAACCUCCUAGAGAAUGGAAACUUAAACAACGGUGUCACCAUUAAGAAUAACCUCUCAAUAAAAGAUGAUAAGAAUAGAGAGUGGGAAAAAUUAGGCACUUUCACCUUUGACGAUGACAUUAGUAGUUUAGGUGCUGUAGGGGGUCAUUAUGAUGUGCCAUCGACCCUUCAGAGGCAAGCAGCGCGAGUGAAAGCAUUAGAAGCCGAUGCCACUAACCCAAACCUUAAUAUUUAUCAUUCUAUUGAAAGUUUAAAGGAUAACCGCCUUGUAGAACAUGUGUAUGAUGAAAUAAAACAGCGACCUCCUCCUCCGAAAGAUCCAGAUGGUGAAUAUGAUCACUUGACAUAUUCGCGUCCAGUGGGUGAAGUGAAGCCUCAUUACUACACCAUGGCCUCUCAGCUCCGGCGAUCUGCUGACCAACUCUCAGGCGAUGACACAAAGACUGCCAAUGGACCUACAAGUGGAACUUUCAAGAGUAGACGUUCAGCCCAGUCAUCUUCGUCAUCCAACGAACUAAACAUUUCCCGGCCAGAAGCAUCACUGGAUGACGAAUAUGCCCGCCUGUCAAGCCGUGCAGAUGGUGUACCCAAAGUCAGUAACCUUAAUGCAGAAGCAAGUGAUGAUGAGUAUGCAAGGCUCAAGGUUAACAAUCUUGAUGUUACUGUUGACUCGGGUAAGCGUGGUGCAUAUGCAAAAUUUGAUGAUGAAUUUAACGUCACAGCCAAUACAACACUAGAGGACUCGGACACCAGUCAUAACAGUGCUGCUGAAAUGGAGGUUCUGACACCUGAUGACAAUGUUUGAGAUAUCCAAGAUGUGCCAAGUGGUCCGCAUGCAUUCCGAGAAGUGUGAAAUACAUCCCUCUGAAAUUUGUAUGGAGAAAGCUUGAUGGUGUCAGCAAAGCACUUUCAUCUCUUCGUUGUUGUUUGUGAAUACAAAGAAAGACAGACUUCAAGGUCCUUUGGUGUAGUUGAGUGACACUUACUUAUUUUUUACUCCUGAUUAUAAACCUGUUAUUAUAUAACAAGUUAAGGAAAAGGGACACUUUUGUGCUGUUUUCCAUGUACAGAAACAUAAGUAAUUUUUAGUACACAUGUUCAUAAGUGAAACUUUAAAUACAUUGAAAAACAAAAGUAGUGGUCCAUCCAUAUAGACAAUUGGUUGUGUGUAGACAACUAUCUCUUCGGAAGUCUAUUCACCUUUUUUUUUUCUUUCUUUCUUUUCCUUUUUUUUUUUUUUUUUUUUCUUAACAUUGGCCUUUCAACUGAAGAAAACAGAAGAAAGUAAUAUCAAUUUUAAAGUGGUGAUAUAUCAAUUCCAGUGUAUCACAUAUUGUAUAUUACUUUUUAAACAUAUAUUUAAUAUUUUAUCAUAGUUUGUUGUUUGGAUGACUAUUUCUACAAUUCUAUUUUAACAAUUAUUUAUGUUAACUUGUGCUUUAUCAGUUUUGUUCCUUAGCAUGCAUAAAUUAUCAUAACUUCCUCUAUUUUUUUCAAAUUCAUUCAUUCUCAAAAUGUAUCAGGCUUUUAUUCAGUAUAGCAGAUUUUAUCCAUUGUUUCAAGUUAGUAAAUUUCCUCUUUUAAUGCAAGUUUUAUCUUUAUACUUAAAUUUAUAUGAAUUUUAAUUUCUAACUGCCAAAUACAAAGAGGGUGAGUUAUUCUUCUCCCACUACAUAAGUUUAACAUAACUUUGAUGAAAGUAUCAUAUUUAUAUUUUCUUUAUAUGUGCUGUGAAAUGGACUGGCAAGUAAUGUACACUUGACUGAAAGGUAAAUAGACAGAUAUAACUUAACUUAACCUGCUGUCAUCUGAUUUUUUUCCAUUAAUUUUUCAAUGUUGAGUAUGUAUGUGUGUUGCGCAUGUGUGCUGUUUCAUAUUGUUGUGCAAUGUUAAUCUCGUGUCAUGAAAUCAUGAAUGAUAUCAUUUUAUUGAAUAACAUAUGAUGGCAGUUUGUUAUCAGUUAUUGCAUUUUAACAGUUAUUCAUAUUAUUUAAACUCUAAGAAAAAUAAACUGCUUAGCUAAUGUUUUAGAGCAAGUUUUCAGUAUAGAAGUUUGGAAGAAAUCCAGUCUUGUGUGUUACAUAAAUGUUUGGAGCAUCACUAUCCAUAUAUUUUUUUGUAUGUGUGAAACCUACAAUCCAAGACAUGUUCUGAAAUGCAUGUAGUAAUGAGCUUUUUGGUAAUAUCUAUAUUAAAUUUUUAUAUUUA